AUCUUCUUCUUCUUCUUCUAAAAUAGGUUGUGAACCGCCGAGAUGACUGAGAAGAAGCUGACUAACAGCCGCAGGCAUCACCUGAAGAGUCUGAUCCUGCAGAUCGCUGCAGGCUGGAUCGAGGAGGAGAAGAAGGAACUGGUUUUAGCGAAGGAAGCUUACAUGGCUGAAAACUGUCCCAGUCCAGAGAGCAGCGGAGAUCAGGCCAUCCUCAUGGAACUUUGCAGGAAGAUUCACGCUGCCAUCGACAAGAUUGAUGAGGACAGAUACGACAUCCACUCCAAAGUGCAGAAGGCCGACAAAGAGAUUGAAGACCUGAAGAUCAAAGUGGUGGAUCUGAUCGGAGUGAAGAAGCCGGCUCUGAAGAAGGUUCGUAUGUCAGCUGACUCCAUGCUGCAGGCUCUGCUGGGAUCCAAACAUAAGGUCACCAUGGAUCUGAGGUCCAACCUGAAGCAGGUCAAGAAGGAGGUCAAAGAGGAGACGACAGAGCAAGUGGGCGACUGGCGUAAGAACAUCGAGGAUAAAGCCGACAGGAAGAAGAUGUUCGAGACUUCCUAAACACAACAGCUGCUGUUUGUCUGUUUCUGUUUCUAUGAACUCUGCGUGUCUCGUGUGUUGGUUGAACCAGACGCAGUGAUGUUGGGUUAUUAUUGAUGAGAGGUUUGAACAGCAGGUUGAAAUGACUGAGAGGGUUUUAUUGGUUUUUAUUUUGCACUUUGUUUUGUCUGGAAGGAGAAGAAGGAGCAUCGAAGGUUUCUGCAGGUUCACGUACCAACAAUAAAAAGUCUUAAAGUAUUAAAAACAACACAAAUCCACUAAAUAAAACAUGUUCAAUAAAAACAAUAAAGUCAA